AAGAAGAACACACAACACAAGCCUUCCUAUUUUUCUCCUCUCUCUUAAGAGUUUUUGCAUUGUCUUUCUUUAACAACAUGGCCAUGAGCAAGAUGACACCAGGUUCCAUGCAGCAACUGAUCAAAGGCGACCGAAGCAUGCUCAUGUCGUCCGACGACAAUGUUCUGAUGAAGCAAAUUCAGGGUACCCAUAACCCAGAUGGCCGUGAAAUCGAUGUCAAACCUAUUCUCGAUAUCGUCGAGGACAUCCUCAGCCGCUCCACCAUUCAAGUCGAAACCAGCAUUGUCCCGAGAAAGGGAGUCCAAGGACACAUGGAGACUUUGGAAGAGAAAGGCCAACAAGCUGGCGUCAUUAACAUGCUUGAGGCACUGUCCUUCAUAAUUGAUCGACUUUCCAGCGAGAUAGCAUACAAGUGUCUGGGUGGCAUGGACGGCCAUCAAAUAACAGUCUCUCUGUUCACCGUGCUAUCAAACUAUUCAUGGGAAGCCAAGCUGGUGCUUGCACUAGCAGCUUUCGCUUUGAACUACGGAGAAUUCUGGCUCCUGGCUCAGAUCUACACAUCAAACCAACUCGCAAAAUCAAUGGCGCUCCUGAAGCAAUUACCGGUCAUCAUGGAACACUCUGGCCCACUGAAAUCCCGGUUUGAUGCACUUAACACUCUGAUCAAGGCCAUGUUGGAUUUGACCAGGUGCAUUGUGCAAUUGAAGGAUAUACCCUCUUCAUAUGUCACACAGGAGGUGCCUGCCUUGUCCGCGGCCAUAGCCACUAUCCCGACUGCUGUCUACUGGACUGUUAGAGGCAUCGUCGCUUGCGCUACCCAGAUCACUAGCCUCACUAGCAUGGGCUUUGAAUUCGUAACAUCUGCUACAGAGGCAUGGGAGCUAUCGACCUUGGCCCACAAGAUCAACAGCAUACAUGACCAUCUUAAGAAGCAACUCGAGCUCUGCUUCCAACUCAUAGAGGAGAAAAGGAGCCUUGAAGCUUAUGAGACACUGGUGCGUCUCAUGGAAAUGAUACACUUAGACAACAUGAAAGUUCUCAGGGCGCUGAUUUAUGCCAAGGAUGAUCUGCUGCCGCUCUUUGAUGGUUCUGCUAAGAGAAGGGUUAGUCUGGAAGUUCUGAGGAGGAAGAAUGUUUUACUGCUGAUAUCGGACCUCGACAUCUCUAUGGAUGAGCUUUCAAUUCUGGAACAGAUUUAUAACGAUUCUCGUCAUCAAGGAACAAGGUUGGAUCACCUGUACGAGAUGGUGUGGAUCCCAGUUGUGGAUCGGUCGGUGCAAUGGACUGAUCCAAUGCAAAAGCAGUUUGAGAGCUUGCAAUCCACUAUGCCAUGGUACACGGUGCACCACCCUUCGUUGAUUGAUCGAGUGGUGAUUAGGUUCAUCAGGGAGAAGUGGCACUUCAGGAACAAGCCAAUCCUAGUGGUGCUGGACCCACAAGGUAAGGUUGUGAGCCCCAAUGCCAUCCACAUGAUGUGGAUAUGGGGAAGCAAUGCAUUCCCUUUUACUAGCGCGAGAGAGGAAGCUCUUUGGAGGGAAGAGAUUUGGAAGCUUGAGUUGCUCGUGAAUGGUAUCGACCAAACAAUUCUCAAUUGGGUUAGAGAUGGAAAAUACAUAUUUUUGUAUGGAGGGGAUGACCUUGAGUGGAUACGAAGAUUCACAACCAGAGCAACUGCGGUUGCACGUGACGCGCGCAUCCCUCUGGAGAUGGUCUAUGUGGGAAACAGUAGCAAAAGGGAACAAGUUAGAAGAGUCAUUCAAACCGUCAACAACGAUAAAAUGGGGGUUGCCUGGCAAGAGCCUAUGAUAUGGUUCUUCUGGACUCGGCUAGAGAGCAUGCUCUUCUCCAAGAUUCAACUUGGCAGGGUUGAUGAUUACGACCCCAUGAUGCAAGAAAUCAAGAAACUGCUUAGCUACGACAAGAGUGGAGGAUGGGCCGUGCUUUGCAGAGGAUCAGAAGUAGUGGUCAAUGGGCACGGGACCACGGUGUUGCCUACCUUGGUGGAGUACGAGGACAUAUGGAAAAUAAAUGUGGCCACCAAUGGGUUCGAUAAAUCGUUUAAGGAUCACCAUGACAAGCUUCAUGGGAUUACGCACCCGUGUUGUCGAUUUGAGUUCCCGAGCGUGGCAGGAAGGAUCCCAGAGAGCAUGAAAUGCCCGGAGUGUCUCCGUGUCAUGGAGAAGCACAUCACCUUCAUAUGCUGCCAUGAUGAUAGUGCUACCACCAACACCAACGUACUCUACUGAAAUAAGAUUCAACCAUGUGGAAUAAUAAUGCUAUGAAUAAUGCUUUGUGUGUUUUAUAUAUCUACUUUUGUUUUUUCUUCUUUCUUGUGUAAUAAGAUUUAAGUGUCAAAUGUAAUUGUCAAGGUCACUCAUGUGGGUGGGCCUUCAUGUAAUCGGUUGUCUAAUAUUGUUAAAUAAGAUAUACUUCCAUGUUUUAUGGUAUAAUAUUAGUGAUAA